UUACCUUACUCACAGCACUCCGGGCUUCCUAAAAGAAUCCAAAUUUCAAGCUUACAACAUCAACUUCUCAAUUUUCUUCAACUCAAACAACAUAAUUUUCUCCCAAACUUUCCCGACAACUUUCACUCUAACGGACACGCAAUUACUGGGAAACCUUUAGGGUGCCUCUGCCUCCAACCUUACAAACUCCUGCUUCGAUGAAUGAUACCUCAUCCAUUGACUUACCAUGUCGGAUACACGCCCCAGAUUCUUUAAAGUACCAGGGGGCUGGCUAUGGAAUCAAGAAGAACUCGAACGAUCCAUACGACCACCGCCACAUGACUGCCCUGACUGUCAGAUAGGGUACUACACCGAGAGCCAACAGCAUACGUACAGCCAUUCCUACCAUCACAGUAUCUCAGAUACCUCUGCAACCAACACAGCGUCUACAUACGUCAAAGCAAUUCAGGAGAGCAGAAAGCACAUCACCAACCGUCUUAGCUCCCAUGCUGAUCUCCUUAUGAGCCGCUGGCGGAAGCGAAGCCAGGAAAAACGUCGCGAGCUACUGCACAAGGCCGUGCCUGAGCUCGAGGAGUCGCAGUGGAUCAACUCCAGAUACGGAUAUAGCGACGAGAAGUUUCGAUACGGUGAGCGAACUGUGCAAAGGCGACGCCAACUCCUGGUUCCAUGGCUCAAUGUCGAGGUGCUCAAGACGAGCCCGGCCAUCCUGUUCGCCCUCCUCCAUUAUCGGACUCUAUAUUCGCCAGAGGACUUCGCUCCGCUAGACUGUCGUCAGAUGGAGUUAUCGUGGACCUCUGGAAACUUUGAUGUCGAAUUCUCUGCCAAGUGCGUCGUCAUGUCCGGACCGAGGUACGGCGAGAUUGUCGACUGGGACGCCCAACAGGCGCACUCCGGAUACACUCUGGGCUUUCCUCGCGCGCGACUUGUAUUCGAGGCCCAAGUCUUCCUCAUGGACGUUCUUCUUAGAAUCACGGAUGAGAUUCUCGAGGGUCCAGAUACUGCAAGUGCUAGUGCGAGGACGGAUAAGUGGAGGGACCUCACGUCGAUCGGAUUCCAAUACCCUGGGGAGACGGAGCUCUGGUCUCCCUACACCAAUCCGGCCUUCUCUCGGCCUCCCAAGCUCGACAUGGGCUACAUCUUAUCCAUGGCCCAGACGCGCAAGGAAGAGGCAAUUGACCAUCUCAUCGAUCUUCAAUGCGACCCAGGAUAUCUUCGCCGGCAAAUCAAGGGUCUCUUCAGCACCACGCUCUUUCGCGCGGUAGUUACAGAGGACGUGGCAAUGAUGUUGGCUUACCAUAUCUACAUGGAGUAUCAAAGAUACUACUGGUGGUACUGGAUUGAGGUUGAGUGCAAGCAUGUGCGGGAUCUACACGACAUAUUUUCAGACAGUACGCAUCCCGGCCAGACAAUCACUCCCAAGUAUGACCUGGCACUUGGUGCUUUGGAGCUUCUCCUCGCCGAUCAAGUCCUAGAGCGGACUGAACGCUUCAGGUCUCUCAUGCCCUGGUCUCCGGGACAGGCGAAAUACUACAAACUGCCCAAGAGACCUGGCUUGUCCCUGAAAAAGAUCCUUCGCGGCGUGUCGCGGGACUCGAAUCCGGAUACAAAGGAAGCUCUAGAGAAAGACCCGCUCGAUUGGUGCCUCCAUCAAAUGGCGGGCAAGCCUGAUAACCAGACACACAUUGAUCACGCCAUACUCUUUGCAAUGAUUGACGAUCAUCUCGCCAAGAACAACAGAAAGGAAGCAGCCCGUAUCGAUGAGUUCCUCUUGCGCGAAAUGGCAGACAUUUCUGCCCUCCAUGAGUCAUUGAUUUCUUUGCGCCUCAAUCGACCUCGGAACACCUCCAGAGAAUUUGAAGAUGUGUGUCGGACGGAGAAGCGUGGAAUGUGGAGAUAUGUAAAGAACGAGCCCAAAGAACACUCGUGGCAAGAUUUCAAGAAGAUGGGGAAGCCACUUGUAGACGGCUUCUACAAGGGAAAAGCUCCCAGCGGCGCGAAAAACAAGGCACGGCUGCAGCAAAGCCAGACUAUGCGAGGCUUUGUCGAGGGAUUCUUCAAGGAAUUGGGGAAUUGGGCAACUUAGUUCUGGAAGAUCUCGAAGGAACUGGCCUUGAAGCGGAAACCAUUGAAGAGACUCUGAGUGUUGUGCUUGUUCAGAACAAGCCAGAAUAUCUGGAAGCAAUUUCUCGACAAGAAGAGGAGAUCAUGACCAAAAUCACCGAGG